AUGGCUUUAUCUUCUUGCAUUUCCCAGCCUUUGUCUUCUUCAUCUCUCUCGGUAUCUCCCUUUUUCAAAUCUUCUCCAAUUUCUCUAUACGCAGAUAUACCGUAUACAAAUAAAGAAGGAAUCUUUUUGUUUGUUUUCAUCGGAUUGAUUCGUUUUGGUGAAUUUCAGAUGAUGAAUCGCAACAUUUCAGCUAAAAGCUCGGUUUCAAGUAUUUGUCUCAACAAUAUCAAGUCUAAACUUUUCGUUGAUUCUUCAAGUAUUCGACUCCAUAAUCGUUGGAGCUUCAUCGGAGGAUCAAGAAUCGCUCUUUCCCCCAAUCUUUCAUCGAAAUCAUCCUCCGUUGUUCACAGGAAAUCCUCCUGUGUACGAGCUUCAUGGUUAACUACUUCUCAGAUCGCAAGCAGUGUAUUUGCGGUCGGAACAACCGCGGUUCUACCCUUUUACACUCUAAUGGUUGUAGCUCCAAAAGCUGACAUUACCAAGAAGUCUAUGGAUAGUAGCAUACCGUAUAUCAUCUUAGGCGUAUUAUACGCGUAUUUGUUAUACCUUUCUUGGACACCUGAAACGCUCAAAUACAUGUUUUCUAGCAAAUACAUGUUGCCAGAGUUGCCUGGGAUAGCGAAAAUGUUCUCAAGUGAAAUGACUCUUGCUUCUGCUUGGAUUCAUCUUCUUGUUGUUGAUCUUUUUGCUGCAAGGCAAGUUUUUAAAGAUGGGUUAGAGAAUCAGAUUGAGACGAGGCAUUCGGUUUCUCUGUGCCUUCUCUUCUGUCCGGUUGGAAUCGUUUCGCAUUUUGUAACCAAAGGUUUAACCAACAGCAAGUGCAAGUAA